GGACAAGACAAAGAGUUAGACAAGACACGGAAACAGAUGAACAGAGACAAAACAGUUAGUUGAUGUCAGAGAGUGGAUAUACUUAGUAGUGUGGAGUAACAGAUUUGAGGAAGGGGCGUGAAGAGUAUUUAAAAAAGUGAACUUUAGUUUUUUUCCUGGACUGUAGCUGUACCCUCAAGCUCCACCAGAGAUCCAGAUCCAGAGAUACAGAUCCAAAAGGGUACAGCCAGUUUUUGUGUCAGGCAGUGUUUAAGAAGAUGAACAGAUCUAUUUCCGCAAACAAUGAUGCUAAACUGCUUUCAGAUGGACAAAAGUUUUCCCAAAAUGGAAAAAAUCCUGCAGGGAAACUCCACAAAGGGGGUGAAAAGAAGGUAGAACUGGGCAAGAAGGUGACCCUGCUCCGAGGAAUCUCCAUCAUUGUUGGGACCAUUAUUGGAGCUGGAAUCUUCAUCUCACCAAAGGGAAUCCUGAAACACUCUGGCAGCGUAGGAAUGUCCCUGGUUGUUUGGAUUGCCUGUGGUGUUCUGUCACUUUUUGGAGCUCUGUCCUAUGCUGAGCUGGGGACUUGUAUUAAGAAGUCUGGAGGACAUUACACAUAUAUAAUGGAAGCAUUUGGACCUCAGGUGGCUUUUAUCAGACUUUGGGCCGAUCUCAUUGCAAUAAGGCCUGCAGCGAUGGCAGUCAUUUCACUGGCCUUUGGGCAAUAUAUCCUGGAGCCAUUCUUCAUGCCUUGCAGUAUCCCCCCCAUGGCUGUCAAACUGGCCACAGCCACUGGCAUAACUUCUGUUAUGUAUCUGAACAGUAUGAGUGUUACCUGGACAGCCAGGAUUCAGAUUCUCCUCACCGUCAGCAAGUUAGUAGCCAUUGCCACCAUCAUAUUACCUGGGAUGUACCUGCUCUUUAAAGGUGAGACCAAAAACUUUGAGAAUGCCUUUGACCUAAACAGCAUACAGCUGUCUGGAAUGCCCCUAGCUUUCUACUCUGGAAUGUAUGCAUAUGCUGGCUGGUUUUAUCUCAACUUUGUGACGGAGGAAGUUGAUAACCCAGAGAAGACUGUGCCACUAGCCAUUUGUAUCUCCAUGGCCAUCGUGACCUCCUGCUAUGUGUUGACCAAUGUCGCAUACUACACUGUGAUGUCAGCAGAGGAACUCCUGACCUCAGAGGCUGUUGCUGUGACAUUUGCGGAGACACUGUUUGGCAACUUCUCCAUUGCAGUCCCAGUGUUUGUGGCCUUGUCAUGUUUUGGUUCCAUGAAUGGUGGUCAUUUUGCUUUGUCAAGAAUGUUCUAUGUAGCUUCACGUGAAGGACAGCUCCCUGAGGUGCUGUCUAUGAUCCAUGUCCGCAGACACACUCCACUGGCUGCUGUCCUCAUACUGUAUCCUAUGACCCUGCUCCAGCUCUUUGUGGGGGACAUUUACAGCCUACUGAACUUCAUGAGUUUUUUGCGGUGGCUGUUUAUCGGUGUAGUGGUUCUAGGUUUAAUCUACCUCCGAUAUACCAAGCCCGAUCUCCCCCGCCCCUUUAAGGUGCCAAUCUUCAUCCCUGUCGUGUUCUGUUUGACAUGUUUCUUCAUGGUUUUCCUCUCGCUGUACUCGGACCCCUUCAACACAGGAAUUGGAUUUGCGAUGUCCCUCACUGGCAUCCCUGCUUACUACGUCUUUAUUUACUUCAGCAGACCACAUUGGCUUCAAAAAGCUUUAGAUUCCUUCAACAGAACUUUGCAGAUCAUCCUGGAGGUGGUACCUGCUGACCAGUAACAACAUUUUUUUUUCACUGAGGAAUGAUGAAAGUAUCAAGCCAGAAGAAGCCUAGUUAGAACCUUUUUAUAGAUGUUAUUUUUAAGUUCAUCAUUUUGUAUUUUGUAAUAUGCUUUGGUUUAACUAAGUUGUCGGUAUUCAUGUCCCUCUAUAGGACUUUUCAGCAGCCAUCACAUGCACGGACAGCACUGAAUACAAACACAAUACUUUUAAUAUGUUUUAUUAUAGUACUAAAUAGAAUUAAUAAUUCCAAAAAUUUGCUAUAUAAACUAAUCAUAUACUCAUAUUUUUAGGUAUUAAUUUUAUUAAUAAUUUAUCAGAAAAUAACUUUAUUAACAAGCACAUUUUCUCUAGAUUAUCAGGCAUCCUCGCUUCCAAUAAAAGUGUAAGAACAAGGAA